CGAGGCGGAGCAGACACCACAAGGCACGUUGGCAGCUCCUGUUCUGGGGAAGGUGACCCUGGCCUUUUGGCUGUGACGGCGACCUGCUGGAAAGGGCAGAGGGAAGAGGAGGCCAUGUCGGACGUGGAAGAGACGGUGGACGAGUAUGAGGAGCAGGAAGAAGCAGCCGUGGAAGAGCACGAGGAGGCGGUGGAAGAGGAGGCUGGAGGUGAGGCUGAAGCUGGGGAGCCCAGUGCCGCAGAAGACGGAGAAGAAGAGGAAGGUAGAGAGGCUGAAGAUGGCCCGGUGGAGGAGUCCAAGCCCAAGCCCAGGCCCUUCAUGCCCAACUUGGUGCCGCCCAAGAUCCCUGAUGGAGAGAGGGUGGACUUCGAUGACAUACACCGGAAGCGUAUGGAGAAGGACCUCAACGAGCUGCAGACGCUGAUCGAGGCGCAUUUCGAGAACCGCAAGAAGGAGGAGGAGGAGCUGGUCUCCCUCAAAGACAGGAUAGAGAAGCGGCGGGCAGAACGCGCUGAGCAGCAGCGUAUCCGCACCGAGCGCGAGAAGGAGCGGCAGGCGCGCUUGGCGGAGGAGCGCGCCCGCCGAGAGGAGGAGGAGAGCCGCAGGAAGGCGGAGGACGAGGCACGCAAGAAGAAGGCUCUGUCCAACAUGAUGCACUUCGGAGGCUACAUCCAGAAGGCCCAGACAGAGCGUAAAAGUGGGAAGAGACAGACGGAGCGGGAGAAGAAGAAGAAGAUUCUGGCUGAGCGGAGGAAGGUGCUGGCCAUCGACCACCUAAACGAAGACCAGCUGAGGGAGAAGGCCCGGGAGCUCUGGCAGAGCAUCUACGACCUGGAAGCGGAGAAGUUCGACCUGCAGGAGAAGUUCAAGCAGCAGAAAUACGAGAUCAAUGUUCUCCGGAACAGGGUCAAUGACAAUCAGAAAGUCUCCAAGACCCGAGGGAAGGCCAAGGUCACCGGGCGCUGGAAGUAGGACGGCGCCUCCUCCUCCGGGACCGCUCCUCCCCGGCCGCUCCUGACCCCCGCCUUCUCCUGCUCAGCACCGUCUGCACCCUGCACAGCCACCCCUCCACCCCAGUCCCCUGCCGCAGACCGGCUGGAAGCCGCACUCGCACCGCUCCCCACCCCCAUCGUAAUAAAAGCACCGCGCCCCCCGCA